CUCGCAAACAACUUUCAACGUUGUAACAAAUUUCGUCACUCACGUUAAUUGACAAACUACCUAUCCACUGCUACCCUAGGCUUCGCUAAAAAGUUAGCAGAAAUGGAGUUGGUAUGUCGGGCCGAGUAUCACCCUUUUUCCGCGUUCUGUGCACCGCAAGGAAGCUAACCCUUCUCUUCUAAGACUCACCUCCUUCUCUACAUCGCCGCUCUGCUGGCUCUUGUCAGCUAUCGCGAACCCUCCUGUUCUAAGGUUGACCUUCUCAUCCAAAUUCUCCUGGCUCUUAUCAUCUGUCGCGUUCUUCUCGCCAUCUAUGCAAAUGCUCAACAAGUCAAAGCCCUCUGCAACUACAUAAAAUACCUGGAUGCUGCUACCGCCGCUGAUUACACCAUUGCCAACCAAUCUAUUACACGCGUUGAUUGGCAUCAAAUCAGAAUCCAACAAAUCCUCGCAAUUGCGCCUGACCUAGACAGUCCACCAAAGGUUUGGAACACGUACCACCGAGCGAUUGAUGCAGAUCGCGAGUAUUUUCUUCACCACCAGGCUAUCCAAGACCGUAUCAUUUUGCAAGACGACUUCCGCCGACGUCAUGGUAAGUUAAAUCCUCUGCUGCAUUCGAGUGCAUAGCUCACAUGGGAGAUAGGCUUCGGUCUCUGAGACCAUGGCCCGGCUGUCCGCAAAGCCAAACGUAAAGGCAACGAUGGUCCUAGAUCGAGCGUUAAAUACCAUUCUGCAAACCAGCGGAUCCUUCGCCUCUUUCCGACCUCUCGAUGCCCCGCGUAACAGUGUUUCGACAGUUUCUGGCAACGAUACAAAUUCUGCGAAGGAGGAGGGGGUCGAGGAAUUUGCAUCGAUGAUCUCAAAAUUCGUUCACUCGGCUGGAGGGCUUGUUCAAGAUCUUGAUACGGAGGUAAGAAGCCAGCUAUGGAACUUGAAUCCUCUCUUGCAGACUCAAGCUAAUCGACUGUAGGAUGAUAUGAAACUUUUACGUCUGCGAACGAAGAAGCAUGAAUUGGUCAUCGUCCCGGACGCGAAGUACAUAUUUGUGGUUGUUCAUGACACACCACCAGCCUAAUUGUUUUCUCUUUUUUCGCCGGCGUUAUUGUUUUCUAUGAUACCCGACAUGGUUUGGAGUUCGGAAUUG